UUUAGGUAAGAGUGAGACCUCUUCAUUUUAUAUCCUCUUUGGUCAUAUGCAUGCUUUGCUUCUUGGACAAGUUGUUAUGCUACAUUUAAGCUUAAAUACAUACAUAUUUAUCCAAAUGUAAGUGUAUCCACAGCUUUUACCAGCUAACUUACCUCAGAAACGUAGUGAGCAGCGCUGUAAACAUGGCGGGAGUCAUCCGGAGGCUCGACGAGACUGUUGUCAACAGGAUAGCUGCAGGAGAAGUUAUCCAGCGUCCUGCCAACGCCGUCAAAGAACUGAUUGAAAACUGCUUGGAUGCAAAGUCCACCAACAUUCAGGUGACGGUGAAAGACGGCGGAAUGAAGCUCCUUCAGAUUCAGGACAACGGGACUGGCAUCAGGAGAGAAGAUAUGGAAAUAGUUUGUGAGCGGUUUACCACCAGCAAACUCCAGACUUUUGAGGACCUUUCUGGUAUUGCAACCUAUGGAUUCAGAGGAGAGGCUCUUGCCAGUGUGAGCCAUGUUGCACAUGUUACCAUAACGACAAAGACAGCUGAUGCCAAGUGUGCCUACAGAGCCAACUACAGCGAUGGCAAACUGAAAGGCCCUCCCAAACCCUGUGCCGGCAACCAGGGAACACAGAUUCUUGUGGAGGACCUCUUCUAUAAUGUGUCCACCAGGAGGAAAGCUUUAAAGAGCCCCAGUGAUGAAUACUCCAGGAUUGUAGAGGUGGUCAGCAGGUACGCCAUACACAACUCAGGAAAAAGUUUUUCUGUCAAAAAGCAAGGAGAGACGGUGGCAGAUGUUCGGACUCUUGCCAACGCAUCUGUAGUGGAUAAUAUUCGAGGAGUUUUUGGCAAUGCCGUCAGCAGGGAGCUGAUCGAAGUGGGCUGCGAGGAUCAGAAGCUCGCUUAUAAGAUGAAAGGCUACAUCUCAAACGCAAAUUACUCGGUCAAGAAAUGCAUCCUGAUCCUCUUCAUCAACCAUCGUCUGGUGGAGUCGAGCGCUUUGAAGAAAGCAAUCGAGACUGUUUAUGCUGCAUACCUUCCCAAGAACACACACCCUUUUCUUUACCUCAGCUUGGAGAUCGCUCCGCAGAAUGUAGACGUGAAUGUCCAUCCCACAAAACAUGAGGUGCAUUUCUUGCACGAGGACAGCGUCAUCGAGAGCGUUCAGAAGCACGUAGAGAGCAAACUGCUGGGCUCCAACUCCUCACGCACGUACUUCACUCAGACGUUGCUGCCGGGGCUGUCGGUCUCAGGUGGCAGUGAGGUCAAGUCCUCCAGCGCAGCGGCAGAGUCUAGCGAGCGGGUCUACGCUCAUCAGAUGGUGAGGACUGAUUGUCGCGCUCAGAAGCUGGACGCCUUCCUCAAGCCGAAAGAGAAGUCGCCUCCUGACCCCGAAGCAGCCGGUCCCAGCAGCAGGGAGGCCGAGACCAAAACCGUAGAAAUGGACGAGACGGAUGAUGUGGACAUGCUGGAGGCCCUGGCAGAGCAGGAGGCAGAGGUGCCAGAAGGUGAUGAAGACAGCAGCGUUCAAAGGAAGCGACCCAGGAAAGAGCAGCAGGAGGAAGAAGACCUGACGGCUCCAGCCACGCCCAAGAGACGAGUCAUCAAACUGAACAGCAUCAAAGAGCUCCGAGCUGAGAUCACUGACAACACACACAAAGGUCUUCAAGAAAUGCUGCAGAAUCACUCGUUUGUGGGCUGCAUCAACCCUCAGUGGACUCUGAUCCAACAUCACACCAAACUCUACCUGCUCAACAUCACCAAACUCAGCCAGGAGCUUUUCUACCAAAUACUCAUCUACGACUUUGGGAACUUUGGUGUGCUAAGACUAUCUACUCCAGCUCCACUUUAUGACCUGGCCAUGUUGGCUCUGGACUCUGAGGAAAGCGGCUGGACAGAAGAUGAUGGUCCUAAAGAGGGCCUGGCUCAGUACAUAGUGGACUUUCUGAAGAAGAAAAGUGAGAUGCUGGAGGACUACUUCUCCGUGGAGAUAGACCAGGAAGGAAACCUGACAGGGCUGCCGUUGCUGCUCGACAAGUACAGCCCAGUGAUGGAGGGUCUCCCCAUGUUCAUCCUGCGCCUGGCCACCGAGGUGAACUGGGACAAUGAGAAGGAGUGCUUCAGAGACUUCAGUAAGGAGUGCAGCAUGUUCUACUCCAUCAGGAAGCGCUACAUCCUGGAGGCCGAGCCGGGAGAGGAGCAGGAUGCUGAGGGGAACUCGUGGCGUUGGAAAGUCGAGCACGUUAUCUUCAAAGCUUUCCGAACCCUCUUCAGUCCUCCGAAGAGCUUCAGCGAGGACGGCACCGUGCUGCAGAUCGCCAACUUACCUGAUCUCUAUAAAGUGUUCGAGAGGUGCUGAGUCUCUUCAUCAAACCAACCAGACAUGCUGCUCUUACUUUUUAUACUACUGUAACAUUUGUUCUGUAAAUAAAUACUUUGUACGAGACAA